GCGUGUGUGUGUGUGUGUGUGUGUGUAAUGCGAUAGUCUCCGUUUUUUAUGCCUUCGCCCUCAUGCGUGUAGAACAGUCCGAGGGAAGGGAAGAGGCGAGAAAGAGAAAGAGGGAGGGAGGAGGAGGAGAGCGGACAGGAACGCGAGCUCAGAGGCGUCAGAGCUCAUUAAUACAUCCCAAGAAACACAAAAGUGGUGCCCUGCACGUUGGAAAAGAGGUACUCCCUCUCUCAAGUUAGAUCUGCUUUGGCACUGAGCUAAGUUUUAAGGAGGGCUUAUGUGGAGGAGAGCGAGUUCUUGUUUGAGGACUGCGUUGUUUCAAAGCAGCAGCCAGUCUCCGGAUCAUCGCCGACCAAACGCUACUCUUAGUAUCUCUGUUCUGCCGAGAUAUCUGCUGCUUGCUGUUCGGACCGCGUCUCGUUUGGUGUUACACCACCCCCCAGGGAUGUAACACGGGAGGGAGAGGGAGAGAGAUAGAGACAGGAAGCCUUCAAACCAGCUAACAGAGGAAGUGACACCAGCCUAUGCUUAAAGAGGACAAUUUUUUUUCCAUUCUGUAAUUGUUUUUGAAGAGAGGGGGAGAUUGGAGUGUGGCGUAUCAACCGAGAGAGAAGCCUCCGUGAGUGUGUGUUUGUAAGGCAGUGUGAAGAGGGAUCGCACAUCUCACAGCAGGACAAGACGCGACUUGGAAUAUAACGGGACUCGGUUCCGCCAGAAGCGAUCUGAGGUGGAAUUUACAAAAUAAAAACAACCCAAAGGAAUCCUCUGGGACGCGGAGGGGAGAUGUUCAGGAGUGCGGUUCCAGCGACGCUCCUCUGGAUCAGUUCCUGUUGUUUUCUUAAACUUGGCGCUGGGCAGAACGGUGCUGUGCCUUGCGGGGAGAGUCUGGAUGCAAGGGAAGCAGGAUACAUUACCUCACCAGGAUACCCUCAUGACUACACGCCGCACCAGAGGUGUGAGUGGGUCAUCCAUGCGCCCGAGAGCCACCAGAAGAUUCUACUGAACUUCAACCCCCAUUUUGAACUUGAAAAGCAUGACUGCAGGUACGACUACAUCGAAAUCCGGGACGGAGACAGGGAGGAUGCGGACCUGCUGGGGAAGCACUGCGGAAACAUCGCCCCCACAUCGAUCAUCUCCUCGGGUUCCGCCCUGUACAUCAAGUUCGUGUCAGACUACGCGCACCAAGGGGCAGGAUUCUCGUUGCGCUAUGAGAUCUUCAGGACAGGGUCCGACGAUUGCUCCAAGAAUUUCACGGCUCUCAACGGUGUGAUCGAGUCUCCGAGUUUCCCUGACAAGUACCCCCACAACCUGUACUGUACCUACAUCAUCCUGGCACCGCCAAGGUCAGAGGUGACCCUCACCAUGCUCACCUUUGACCUGGAGUACGACCCUCUGCAGCUCGGGCCUGCAGACUGCAGAUACGAUCGUCUUGAUGUCUGGGAUGGCUUUCCAGAGGUGAGUCCUCUAAUUGGACGCUAUUGUGGCUCAAAGAUCCCAACUGUGAUUCAUUCUGAUACGGGAAUCAUGUCGCUGACUUUCCAUACUGAUAUGGCUGUGGCAAAAGAUGGCUUUUCGGCUGAGUACAACAUCACCACGAAAGACACUCAGGACUCUUAUCAGUGCAACAGCCCAUUGGGCAUGGAAUCUGGUCAGAUCAGCAACAUGCAGAUCACAGCUUCGUCCUCCUACUCUUUGGGGAACUGGGAAGCGAGUCAAGGUCGACUCAAUCACCAGAUCAACGGCUGGACACCCAAUGAGGACACCAAUAGGGAAUGGAUACAGGUCGACCUGGGGCUUCUGAAGAUCCUGACUGGUAUUGCUACUCAAGGGGCAAUCUCAGUGGAUACAUCCAAGACAUACUUCGUCAGUAGCUACAAGUUGGAGGUGAGCUCCAAUGGCGAGGACUGGAUGACCUACCGACAAGGGAAGAACCACAAGUUAUUUGCUGCCAACACAGAUGGAAACGAGGUAGUGUUGAACACACUGACGCCCCCUGUCGUGGCUCGCUUCGUUCGCAUCAGGCCCCAGCUCUGGACGAAUGGCAUCUCUAUGCGUUUCGAGGUCUACGGCUGCCAGAUUACAAAUGCCCCCUGCUCCGAUAUGUUGGGAAUGGUCUCUGGGCUCAUCCCCGAGUCACAGAUCACAGCCUCCUCCACACGGGACUAUCACUGGUCGCCGGGCAGUGCCCGGCUGGUUGCCAGCCGCUCCGGAUGGUACCCAAGGCAGCCGCACCCCUUGCCCGGCACCGAGUGGAUCCAAGUGGCUCUGCCCUCCCCGAAGACUGUUACUGCCAUCAUUAUCCAGGGGGCACGAGGGGCAUCGGCUGUGGGCGGCGGGGUGGGCGGGGAGAACAAGGCCUUUGUGCGCAAGUUCAAGCUGGCCUACAGCAUGAAUGGAGUCAACUGGACUUUCGUCAAGGAGUCUGCAGGACAGAGGCACAAGAUGUUUGAAGGGAACAUGAACUACGACACGCCCGAGAUCCGACGGUUUGAUCCCGUGCCUGCGCGGUUUGUCCGAGUGUACCCUGAAAGAUGGUCUCCUGCUGGAAUUGGGAUGCGUUUUGAGUUGCAGGGCUGUGAUUUACUAGCAACUACCACGUCUGCUGCCACCGUUGUGUCUACGCAGUGGGGUGUGGAGAAUGCCACAGAGGCCCCUUGCACGGACGAAGCCGACCCUGCGUGUAUGAUCGGCCCCCAUGUGGUUGAGAUCAACUCCAACAUCGAGGGCUUCAACUGCAGCUUCGGGGCCUUGCACGAGAGUGAGCUGUGUGGGUGGUCACAUGACCCUUCGGCCCCGUCCAGGUGGUCCGUCUACUCUGGGAGCCCAAAGGUGGAAGAUUUGCGACUGAACCACUACCACAAUGCAGAUAAAUGGAGCUACCUGCACAUCGAAACCUCCAGGUUGCUGGAGGGACAGCACGCCAGGCUGCUCAGUCCCAUGGUACCGCCCAUUAACAGCCACCGGUGCAUGGUGUUCUGGUACCGGAUGCGCGGUGCCGGUGUUGGUGUGCUACGGGUACUGCUAAGGAAGAGACCAGAUGACCUGAUGCUGUGGUCGCUGAGGGGAGAUCAGGGUGACAAGUGGAAGGAAGGAAGGGUCAUCCUGCCAGGAUAUAACAGUGACUAUCAGGUCGUCAUUGAAGGCAUUGUAGGCAGAGGUGUCAGUGGAGAGAUGGCUAUUGAUGACAUUGCUAUAGCAUCGCAUGUAUCGCUCGAUCACUGUAUUCAGCCCGUCAGUGCCUUUCCUGGGAUCCACACGAGUGAAACACCAACAGGGGAACGCCCUGCGGGGAGUGAACCCACAGUGGAGUCCGUGUCAGCACAGCCCAUGCCCAAUUUCUGGUAUUACAUUAUUGCGGGAGGAGGCGCUCUGAUAGUGCUGCUCUGUGUCUCUCUGAGCAUGGUGCUGUACCGCCAACGCUAUGGAUUUGCAGCCAAGAAGAGCCUUCACUCGGUAAACGUCCACUUCCCCAACGGCUAUGUCACUGGUGUGGAGCCUGGGCUCACUAUAAAAAUGGGGAAGGAAGAUGAGAGAACACACUGCUAGGAGUGCCCUUAAAACAAAACAAACCAAACCGAGAAAGGUUAUUCAUAUCGCCAGCUCUACUUGCACUCUCCACUGCAAUCACCAUGGGAAUGCCUGCUACUUCUUUCUCUCUCUACUCAACAUCGCACCUGUGGAUUAUAAAUAGAAAAAGAAAAAGAAAGUGACGAUCUCAAAUAUCGUGUACCUUUCCCCUUUCUCCGGAGAGAAUUGGUUGUGCAAGAUCUCCGCACUGUAGUGUUCAAGGCAGACUGAAAGGACAAGCCUUCUGCAGUUCUCUGGGAAGGAAUGGCUUUGUGAAGACUCUUCUUGCUGGUACCUUGUGUAAUCUUGGGCAGAAAAGAAUCGGCCAUCAUAAUCUAUGAAAAAUAUUUUCUAAGAAAGCAAGGAAGUGCAUCACAAUUCCCUAUGAGGUCAUUUCUGUUUAGGAACAGACUGAAAUUUAAUAUAAUGAUGAUGGAGCAAAGUGGUUACUUUUAAUGCUGGGUAAUUCUAGGCAAUACAUGAUUUCAUGAUUGUUGAUAUUCAUUCCCUCAAGCUGUCUUAAUUUUUCUCAAGCCUUUAUAAACUACCUCUUCCAACUUUCUAAUAUUAAGAGUUGAGAAAGAUCUCUUAUUAGUUAUGAUCCUUGGUUCCCAUCACCGCCUCAUCCAAUACUAUCCAUAGCUGGACAAGAAGUCAGACACACUGAUGUUAAUCUGUGGGAUUGACUUCAUCUACACUCCAAAACAAUUCAUGAUGAUUUGACAGUGAGAGAGGGGUAUGAUGCAGAUUGGGAUACGGAAACUCGUUCUGCUAAUCACUCAGAUCAUGGCUGAUCGAAGCCCCGUAUCCUUUAAUAUCUGUUGAUGACAAAAAUAUGUUGAAUGUAAACUUGGGCAUCCAAGCACUUUCUAACAGGACAUGGCUCUGAUUAUACUAUCUUCCCUAGUAGGAAUAAUGUUCCUUGACUUAUUCGGCUCCCCUCAACACCUUCAUAACUUUGCCUCUGAAGCCUUUCAUGUUCUAAGGAAUUGGAUACAAUUGUCUAUGUUUGAGAGGUUUUAUGUUGAAUCCAGGCUGGGCAAAUGUGUUCAUUGUAGGGGGCCCUUUCAGGUCGUCGAACACUUGUGAUAUCCCACCUUGCAAUUUCAUAAAGGGACGUAGCAUGAUUUGAUUUCAGAGGGUCAUACAACACAGAAACAGGCCCUUUCCCCCCGGUUCGUUGAUGCCACCUAUGAUGCCUGUCUACACUUAUCCCAUAUUUCUGAAUGUGACGCAUAUCCAUCCUAUUCAUAGACCUGUCCAAAUGCUUACUAAACACUGUGAUUGUACCUGCCCCUGGCAGCUCGCUCCAUAUACCCUCCAAGCCUCCAUGUCAAAGGCUUACCCCUCAGGUCCCCUUUAAAUAUUUCCUCUCUCACCUUAAACCUACAGUAUAUCCUCUAAUUGUAGACUGCCCUACCCUGGGGGGAACGACUGUAAUGAUCUGCCCCUUGUAUGCCCCCGAUAAAGUUAUAAGACCAUCCCUUCAGCCUCCUGCACUCUAGUGAGAACAAUCCCAGCCGGUCUGUGAAAGACAUUGUCAUGUUUUGUUAAGAAUUGUCGAGCCGUUAUUAGAACAGACAACUAAAAUGUUCUUUGUCUCUGGUGCUGUCCGUGUGGAGUUUGCAUGUUCUCCUUGUGUCUUGAGUAUUCUGAUCACCUCCCCCACCCCCAUGUCCUGAAGAUCUGAAGAUGUGUUGGGAGGUUACUGCCUGCUUUAACUUGUCGUGAGAGUGGGUGGGCGGUGUGAGAAUCAAGUGGGGUGUUGAGAAACAUAAGAGAUUAGUUUACAGGAAAAUGAGUGGGGUAGUGGGACUGAUGGAAGAGCCAGGUUAGGCCCAAUGGGUUGAAUAGUACUUUGUUGUAGGUACUGUAAAUAGAAAUCUUGGAGCUCCUGGCUGGCAGAUGUUGGAUAAACUCCAGCGUCCUGCAGACUGAGCACCUUUAACAGGGCAAAUAGAGUGAGUGAGUGAGUGAGUGAGUGAGUGAGUGAGUGAGUGAGUGAGUGAGUGAGUGUGUGUGUGUGUGUGUGUGUGUGUGUGUUUUUGUGUGUGUAAUUCACAUUUAAUUGUUGUGAAUUUGCAAAAACAAACUUUGCAUUUGAGAACAGAUCCAUCUUGCGCACCAUGGUUUGAAAAUUGUGUCUUUGUAAGGCGUCAUCAGGCAGACUUGUGAAACCUUGACAAGACAAAUAAACGCAUGUGCCUGAUCUACCGCAGCAUUCUCCAAACAGAAAGGACGACAGUUUCCCGAGCAAAACACACAGAAUGCUGGAGGAUCUCGGCAGGUCAGGCAGCAUCUGUGCAGAGGAGUAAACAGUCGAUGCUUUGGGCCGAGACCCUUCAACAGUAUUUAAGACAGUUACCAUGUCGUAUAAUACCAUCCAAUUAAAACUCCCAGUUCCAAAUGUAGGAAAAUAAAAGUGAUUGUGUGGCCCUUGGAGCAACACAGAACAGAAACAGGUCCUUUGGCCAAUCUCGUCCAUGCUGACCAGACUCUAAACUACAUCAACCUGAUUACAUACUUCCUAUCCAAAUACCUGUAAAAUUGUCUUUGUAUUUGCUCCUGACACCAGCUCGUCUGGCAGCUCAGCCCCGGUAACAGCUCUCGUGUCUGAGAAACCUUCCUCUCCGUUCCCCGUGUAGAUCAUUUCCCUCUCAUCCUAAAACUAUGCUUUUUAGUUUUAGACUUCCACCUGGGAAAAAGUUCUGUACUCUAUACUCUAUCCAAGCCCCUCAUAACUUUAUAAACGAGAAGGUCACCUCCAGUGCAAUUAAAACACCUAGAUAGAUCCCUUUGAACUUCACUUUAUUGUUUUCUCCAUUUAGAAACAUAGAAAACCUACAGCACAAUGCAGGCCCUUCGGCCCACAAAGUUGUGCCAAACAUGUCCUUACCUUAGAAAUUACCUAGUGUUACCCAUAGCCCUCUGUUUUUCGAAGCUCCAUGUACCUAUCCAGGAGUCUCUUAAAAGACCCUAUCACAUCCGCCUUCACCACCGUUGCCUGCAGCCGAUUUCACGUACUGACCACUCCCUGAGUAAAAAAAAACUUACCCCUGACAUCUCCUCUGUACCUGCUUCCGAGCACCUUAAAACUAUACCCUCUCGUGUUAGCCAUUUCAGCUCUGACUAACCACAUGAUCAAUGCCUCUCAUCAUCUUAUACACCUCUGUCAGGUCACCCCUCAUCUUCUGUCGCUCCAAGGAGAAAAGGCCGAGUUCACUCAACCUAUUCUCAUAAGGCAUGCUCCCCAAUCCAGGCAACAACCUGUAAACCUCCUCUGCACCCUUUCUAUGGUUUCCACAUCCUUCCUGUAGUGAGGCGACCAGAACUGAGCACAGUACUCAAAGUGGGGUCUGACCAGUGUGCAACAUUACCCCUCAGCUCUUAAACUCAAUCUCACAAUUGAUAAAGGCCAAUGUACUGUAUGCCUCCUUUCCAUUUAUAGAAUAAUCUACAAUUUGAUCCCUCUUACUGAUGAGCAUGACCUCACACUUCCACAUAUUCAACUCCACUUACCAUAUAUUGGUCCAGUCGUUUGGACAAGUAGGUUUCCCCAUUCAAAACCAAAAAGGCCUCUUCCCUCAUGGGGUAUGCUUACCCUCUCACUGGAUAUCCUUGCCAAAAAUGUGAUGUCCCACUGCCCCUCUGAAAGUUCAGACAUCAUUUUGUGCAUCUGUGUGAAGCAGAAAGGACUGAAGAUCUUAGUCUCUAAGUCAUACAGCCCUUCAGCCCUCGAUGUUGUGCAGAUCUACUCUAAGAGCAAUUUAACCCUUCCCUCCUACAUCCAUGUUCCUGUCUCAGAGUCCUUUAAAUGCCCCUAAUAUGCAUUUGCUACUACCCUGGCAGGGCAUACCAAGCCUGCGCCACUCUGUGUACAAAAUUUAUCUCUGACAUCCUCUCCAUACUCUCCUCCAAUCACCUUAAAAUCAUACCCCCCCCACCCCGUAUUAACCAUUUCUGCGCUGGGAAACGGUCUCUGGCUGUUCACUUACUCUAUGUCUCUGAUCAUCUCGUACACCUCUAUCACGUCGCCUCUUGUCCUCCUUUGCUCAUGCACCCAUUGAUGCUAAUCCCACUGCAUUCCAUCCACGGUCCCGUCAACACCCCCCAGGUGCCAGCACUCACCUUCACAGCCAGUUAUCCCACCUCCCAGCAGGAGGGAAAUGGAGCUCCCAAAGAACGGGGAGUACAUGGAACAGAUAGCACCCGAGGUCAGGAUUCAGCCCCGGUCUUGAGCUGGGAGAGGGCCAGGGUCUUACAGCUCCAAUUUGGAUUCCAAUCCUACACCACCAACAAAGCAGAUUAACACAAAACCAAGUCAGUGUCUCUUUCAAGUAUUCUGUGAACUAUUCUUUUUUGCCUAUUUCCUGUCAGGAAUAGCACCUUCCCCAGGGGUGGUUAGUGAAUCGGUAUUAGAUGCUGCCUUCUUGUGUUAAUAAGCAAGCAACUCGCACUUGACAGGGAAAAAUGUGAGAGCUUCACAGGGGUAUUAUCGAAGAAACCUUGAUGGCCGGAUACUCCGACAGUUUGACAAAAAGCUUGGUCAAAGAGGUGUGUGAGAUUCGGGGAGAAAAUUCCCUGAAAACCACACAGCUGCUAGGCAAAGGCAACUGGAGAUUUGCAGCAAGCUGGAGUCUGACAGGCAGAGGAAAGAUAUUUAUUUAACUCCUUGGCAUCAUGAACAAUAGGACAGAUAAGGUCAGCAGAUGGAUUUGUCAUCCAUGAGAGGCUGGUUGAAUCAAGCCCAGGCUGGUGAAUCAGGGGCUGCUCUCUGUGGAGACCACUAGCCACUCACCCGCACCCCCCCCCCCCCCCGCCCACACACACACACACACUCUUACUUUGACAGGGAAUGAGUUAAGCCAUUUUCCGUAGGUAAAUCAGCAAACUGACAUUCUCCCUGCCAAGCCACCGGUGCAGGAACUGUGAUGUAUUUGGAGUGGAGGGAGGGUGAUUGAUACUAGUACAGAGCUCUAGUUACACCUACUCUGAGGAUCAGGGGUUCAGUUCUGGGUUGGGAUUGGGGCAUAAUGGCUUUAGAGAGAUUGUAGCAAAUAAUUAUCAGCCUGAUGCCAGAACAAGGGUUACAUUUCAAGGGCAGAUCACUGAUUGUGUUAGCUGACCCAGGGGUAGGGAGCUGCCAUCAACACGGGAAUUCUCUUGCUGAGUUCCUCCAGCAUUUUGCAUGGGUUGCUUCAGUCAGCAUCUAUGGACAUGAACAAACAGUUGACAUUUCAGGCCGAGACCUCUCUUCAGGUCUGGAAAGGAAGGGGCAGAGAUGCCAGAAUGAAAAGGUUGGGGGGAAAAGUAAGGGCUGGAGAAAAGAGUGAACCAUCAGAGAAAGAGAAGAAGGAGGGCACUAGGGGAUGAUGAUUGUCAGGUGAGGUGAACGAAGAAGAGCUAAAAGGCCAGAGUGGAGAAUAGAGGAGGGAAAUGGGGGAGGGGAAUUAGCAGAAGGAGAAAUCAAUGUUCAUACCAUCAGGUUGGAGGCUACCUAGAUGGAAUGAGAUGUUGCUCCUCCAGUGGCUUCAUCAUGGCAAAAAGAGGAGGCCACAGACAACAUGUUAGAACGGGAAGUGUUUGACCGCUGGGAAAUUCUGCUUUUGGUGGAUGGAGUGGAGGUGCUUGACAGGCACACAGUCAUGUAUGUGAAUAAAGACACACACACACACACCAAUUGCAGACAUACAUUUACGGGUACAUACACGCACAAAGAAACACUGACACACAGACUCUGAUGCACCCCUAUAUCGACAAACACAAACAUACAAUCUAUGUCACAGAUGUACGAUUGACAUUCACAAAUGUAGGCCUCCGUCAGUCUCGACAGACCAUGGAUUCACAUAUAGACACAUGCCGACACACCAUUACUAUACACUGAUGUGUGUGUGUGCAUGUGUUUGUGUGUCCGCGCACGCACACACACGCACAGUUCACUUUGUAUCGUUCUUUUCUGCACUUGCUAAGAGCACCCAUUCAGAGCCUUGGCAAUACAGCCCCCCCCCCCCCCCCCCCGAACCUCUUGUCACCAGAUGAUGAUGUCAUUUUGAUUGCCAGUUUUGACAAGAACUAAAUGUCAACAUGAAGUCGGUCUUUGGAAAGAUUUGAUUGAAAUGGGAUUUUGCCAGCGAUUAACUAGAAGAGGAGUUUGCUCUGUGCUAAUGGUAAUCAUAUACUCCAAGGGAGAGGAAAAUGCAAAGAAUUACAUCUGCUGGUUUGGGUGUAAUUUGAGUCUGCAGCGAGCAGCGUGACAUUGCCUUCCAUUGACAAAAGGCCGUUAAUGAUUCAGCAUGGCAAUCAAUCACUGCUCACAGUAAGUGCAUGAUCUCUUACUAUCAAAUAUGCUUUCUAAAGCAGUCUUAAUCCAAAUGUCACAGUAAUUCAUAUUCUCUGCACUUUAACAUCAUGUUUAACUUAUGAUUGCCACAUAAUCACCAGCACUAGAUAAGGGAGAUAUUUCUGCAAAUUUCAUCUUACCCACCUGACAGUGGUUGUGUGCUUUACUAAGUCAGGAGUUACUGGGGUUGGUCCUUGCCCUGUGAGGCUUCAGGAUGAACCGUAGGUGUCCUGGGGAAGCAGAGGGGAUUCAGGGCUGUGAUGCAUCUUGAGUGGAAGAUUAGCCAUCUUACCAGCAAAUUUUGAUGGAGCUCUUCCUAAAUAGCAGGGUUUAGAUGGAUAUAGGCCAAAUACAAGCAAAUGGGGCUAGCUGAGAUAGGCCUCUUGAUUGGCAUGGACAAGUUGGGCAUUACUGUGAGUCUUUGUCCUGAACAACCUACAACCCUCAACUGACAUCGCUGAACUGGGGGUGAGCUUAGUUUUGUGGCAUCCUGCUAUGCACUGAGGCCAUAAAUUUUGAUCACGACAAUAUUUUAAGUAGUUUUAAUUGAUUUCAAAGUGAUUUGGAAUGAGAGAAUUGAAAUACAAGUUCAUGUCCCUUUUACUCUUUGUUAAAGCCAUGUAUCUGGAAAUGGGACUUGUGGUAUGUAGGCAUGUUGAAUUGGUGGAGUGCAUAGCAACUCAGGAGCCCUAAAAGUAACGGUGAACUUUGGGCAUCCUUGCUUUCAGAGAAUAUUACUGUGGUUUAUUUUCCUUUUAAAAAAUGUGUAACCUGAUCUGUGUUUUAACAGAUGCUGCUGCUUCUGAGAGGGGCAUCUGCUGUGUGUUCAUGCACUGGCCCAUGGAGUUGCAUGGUACAUUAGGUCUCCUGGGAGUUAAACAGUCACUCAAAGUAUAGCAUCCCCAGGCAAGGCUGAGUUCACAAAGUCAGAGUUCUGCCCCCCCACCCCCAAUAUGACAUCACAGUGACACUGCAGCAGUACUGUGAUAUCAUAAUGCGUGGUGCUGUGUCGUAAUGUUUUUGUGGCAUUACAGAUGGACAUGGGCCUGUGUAUUAUGAGAGUACACUGGAGGAAUGGUGGGCUCUUAUCUGGACCAGCUUCAUACAAUAUUCCCACUCUAGCCAGGAGAACCCAGACUCCACUUCUUAAUUGUGCCCCUUUGACCCUUUCACACACAGAACAUGCCAGGGGGCAAAAGAAAAUGUAAUCUUCCACCUAGUUUUUCUCUUUCAUUUCUGAUUGCUGGUUGUUGACAAUGACAACUGUCAUUUACAAAUGGGAGCAAUUUGUCUCCGAUUAAUUUACAAUGCCAAAGAGAUCCAGAGUAGGGGAAAACUUUUAGGGAUCAAUAGUUUCAGGGAAUGGAAUAGUAUUGGAUGUGCUGUUAUUGUCCAAGUCCUGAGAAACAGAAUGAUAAAGGUCAAAGGAACAUGGUAGCUUUCUAUGCCUCUCUGAAAGUCACCUGCUCACCUCAAAGCCUGUUGGUCUCAUCAUGUCUCACAUAAUGUCUCUGGGAGCAAGUUUAUCUAAUGUGUAUUUGAAUGGAUAAAUACCAGCUCCACCCUUGUCUCUCUAUGAAGCCUGGAUCAGCAGUUCAGUAACAAUGGUAUAUGCGAGUUGUGUUAAAUUCAUGGCAAUAGGUUGACACUCAACACUUUGCCAAGUAUCCAGGGAAACAGACUACUCACACCAGCUUCCGACUGUUUUUUACUCCCAAAACUGUACUUUAUUCAUCAAAUUUUCAAUGGAGGACAUUCACUUUAACUGAGCAGGUUUAUUGUUAUUUGCACAAAUACAGUACAUGCAUGCACAGGUGCAAUGAAAAACUUACUUGUAGCAGCACCACAGGCAUGUAGCACUUGAUGCAAAACAUACACAAGAAAAUAAAACACAAAUUGAACAUAAUUUUAAAAAUUAUACAAGAAAGAAUAUAAUUGGAAGGAGAAGUCCUCUGCGGACAGAGAAGUUGUACUGAGUUAGUGACUAGGGUUGUGCAGGUCAGUGCAUGAGCCAAUGGUACGAAUCUGUCGAUGGACGUUGCCUUCUUGAGAUGGCAUUCCGUCUGCUUGUGAGAUUUACAUUACAUCAGCACGAUAGUGAGCUUUCUUUCACACAAGUCCAAAGGGUUUUUAUAUGGGCUCAACAUUCAGUGCACAGUGGCAGGAAUGUCUUGUGCAGCAGCCUUCCUUCACAGAGUUUUUAAGAGGAUUCAGUGUAUCACUCAGCAUAUAGUCCUAGACUUUGGAAUGUGACAGUCAGCCAUAUUGGACAGUGUUUGGUUGUCUGCUUCGAAUUACCCCAAUAAGGCGAAACACUCUGGAUAGCCCUCUCCGUUCAGGUGCAUGGAUCCCUUUCAUAUACAAAGAAAAGCUCCCAUCUCUAAUCCAGCAAGUGUUUUCAAUUAUUUGAUACUUUCUGAAUGAGCAAAGCAGUUUUAUGGUGACAAAUUACUUCAAAUUUGGUGCAGCCUUUCCAAAGAGAAUCGACUAUUUGAUAAACAACCCCUGUAAAAAUCACUUUUAUUGUAUUCCAUUGGGAUGCAGAGUGUCCAGACUAAAUGCUGUAGGCCUAAUCCUGCUCUUAUGUCUUUCGGUUGUUAUAUCUGCUGCAGAAAGACGAGUUACAGGACUGGGCAGGUUACUUGGAGCAUCUGGGCUGAGACAGGCUGAAUGUUUCCGGUUCUCUUCUCAGGUCUAUCUUCACAAGGCUUUCCUCCAAAAGCAUGUUCCACCUGUGGGAGUCAGGUUUGACACAUUUCUACAGUCACUGUGGCCUUGGGAAAUCCUGAAAUUUAUAAUUGGCUCAUAUGGACAUGACAUGACAAAAGUACAGUCAAUAGAGUUACUGCCUCAGAGCAGCAGGGACAUGGGGUCAAUCCCAAGCUCCAGUGCUCUCUAUAUGUUGAUCACGUGGGUUUCAGCUAUGUCCUCCAGUUUCUUCCAACGUCUCAGAGGUGAGCAGGUCAGUAGGGUCAUUGGCCCCUGUAUGUUGACCCCAGUGUGUAGAUGAGUGGAUGAAUCUGAAAGGCGUUAUUAGGAACGUAAGGAGACUAGGUUACAGGGAAAAUUGUUCUGUGAGCUGGCAUAGACUCAAUGGGCCAAAUAGCCACCUAUGUCAUAAUAUGAAGACAUGUUGCAAUUUUAAAAAGUCAGUGACCAUUUCACUGUAGUGUCCCAGGGAACGCCUUAAUGCUCUUCAGAGCUUUUUCUGGACAUGCUUCUCCUUAGUGAAUAAUGUCAGUGAGACCAUGGACUGGUGCAAAUAAUCCCUGAUGGACACAGAUCACAAGGUCCUUUUCAGUGGCACAUCCACACCAUUGAUGGUCAGCAGGAGAGGUUCAGGAGAUAAGAGAUGCUGAGUAUGAGGGGUGUGGGGAAACACAUGGAUGCCAAACAGUAGCUUUCUGCCCAGGUGUCCCUAACCUUGUGCCUUACAUAUUCCCCUGGAUGAGUGCGGAGGUAGGGGGAGGGCAGGCUUGCUGCAUGAGGCCAGUGAUGUGGGUGGAAGAUGGAAAGUAACAGUUUGCAUUUACCUGGUGCCUUCCAGGAUCUUAGGAUGUCCCAACUGCUUUGGAAAGUACAACUAACUCCUACACUUUGGGCCACUGCAGACAUCAGGUUCCCUGCUUUUUGGUGAUGUUGGCUUGGCCAAGGAAUAUUGUUUGAGGAACAGGCUGCUCUUCUUCAUGUUGCCCUAGUCUAUCUUGCCAAGAGAGAAAUAAAGUGACUACUGAGUGUAUGUUUGUGGUCUUCUGCCCAUCUGCUUCAAGUUUCGAUGUGUUGUGCAUUUAGAGAUGCUCUUCUGCACACCAGUGUUGUAACAGAUGGGUAUUUGAGUUACUGUUAUCUUCCUGUCAGCUUGAAUCAAUCUGGCCAUUCUCCUCUGAACUCUUAUUAACAAGGUGUUUUUGCCCACAAAACUGCCACUCACUGGAUGGUUUUUGUACCAUUCUCUAUAAACUUCAGAGACUUGUGUGUGAAAAUCCCCAGUGAUCAGCAGUUUCUAAGAUACUCAAUCAUCCACCUGGCAUCAAUAAUCAUUCGCCGGUCAUCACUUAGAUCACAUUUACUCCCCAUUGUGGUGUUUGAUCUGAACACUUGACCAUGUCUGCAUGCUUUUAUGCAUUGAGUUGCUGCCAUAUGGUUGGCUGAUUAGAUAUUUGCAUUAACGAGCAGGUGCACAGACGUACUUAAUAAAGUGGCCACUGAGUGUACAUUUAUUUGCUCAGUAGACUGGACAUUGCUGGAAGAGGCAACAUUUAUUGUCCUUGUUUAAUUGUGCCUGAAAUCAGGACGCAGAUAAGAAUCUCCCACGUUGGUAGGUCUGAAGGAAGGAGACAGAUUCCUUUCCUCAUUAGUGAACUGUGUGGGUUUUGUAACAAUCCAGUAAUCUCACAGUCAGCAUUCUGGAGAUACACUUUAAUCCUGGAUUGGUUUAACUGUAACACUCACUUUGCCUAGCAGCUCAAUAUAGGGGGUGAUAACCCCCAGCCCGGCCAAACUUAAGAAAUCUCGUUUGGGCGGAUGCUGCGCAAUGUGUCCCCUGUUACAAAUCAGUACCCCGAAAUAACAAACCGUACACAAUAUGCAAUUAAACGAUUAAGCUUUAUAACUCUUACUUUGACUAUAUGGUUAGUAGAGAAACAAAAUUUUAAAAAGGGCCCAAAUCUUAUUAAACAAUCUGUGCACAAAGUUGGAGCUCACUCAUAGGCCAAUCGGUUCCAAUCGACCUCCUCCGAUCGUCACUGCCCCACGGACCUCGCUCUGAGUCCACCCCAUCCAGCAGUCUACCAAUUCUCUCUCCCUCUCCCCCUCUCCCUCUCUCGCAAAAGCCCAUGAAAUCAACUACUUCCAGGUUCACAAAACAGGGCGAUAAAAUCCUGAUUGGCGAACAUGCAUCCACAGUUCUGUUAUCUCCAGCUAUACCCAAACAUUGCUGCUACAGGGAAACCGUUACUUCAGCAGUGAACAUUACAGAAAAACCUAUUACAUUAGCAGUGAAACCUUACAGCAUGUUACAUAAUUAUUUUGUGUCCACAGGGCCACCAGGUGCGAUCUGAAUUCGCCUCUGGAUAAUGGACCCUGAACUCCAGCUGCUGGUCCAGUAACUUAACCACAAUGCCAUCAUUUAAAGGACAGCACCACUGAUGCUCCGCAACUGAACCUGUUCCAGAUCCCAGCAUGAGCACACUUUACCCUGCUGGCAUAUACCAUGCCAACCUGGCCAGGACUGAGAAUCAAUUGGCAAAUGCCUGUUAUGUACAGCUGAGGUGGAACUAGAUAGGUGAAAGUAUGCAGCGAGAUUUUAUUUUUUAACAGCAUGUUUUAUGCCAGAAUGGUAGAGCAGAGUUAAUUAAAGCUUUAGAUUCAAAUGUCAGACUGCAGCGUUCGAUCUGCAAGCGGCCUACAUUGGGAUGGAGGAAGAGAGCUGAUUAAAGCACCACAGGAGAGCUGACAUGCUCAUUAAUUCUGUGACCCCUAAUUCCAACAUAAGAGCUGCUCGAUCAUUUACAGUUGCCUGGAAUUUACUCUUGACAUUCCCUACGGAUGAUGUUUAACGCAUUUAUGCAGCAUCCCUCUUUUUUUAGCUUGGCUUUUAAGCCUUUUUUUUAGUUUUCUACUUAAAGGAGCAGAUGGAAGAAUGCUUAAGAAUGUGAAAAUCACUUUGUCAAAACAGCAAAUUUUAGACUCUUAACCUUACACUCAAUUUUCACCCUGAAAUGACUGUUCCCUCAAGACCAGGAGGGUGACAUAACAAGAGCUGAUUGCAGUGACCAGUCUUAUUAUCCUUCAAGUCCAGAGAUUAAGGGGUUUUUAAGUCAGUGAAAGGAGUUGAUUUGGUAAAACAGAAACUAUUUCCUCUGGGGUAGCAGGUCAGAACCAAAGACACAGCCUCAAAAUCUGAGCGAGACCAUGCAAAGAUGACAUGAUGAAUCUCAGCUUACAUUAGCCGAGGUGAAUGGAUAGCUGCCCCUAUCGUAUGAAGGCACAGUGGUCUAGCAGGUAGAACCACUGCCUCAGAACACCAGAGACGGAAGGUUCAAUCCUGAUCUUGGGCACUGUCUACGCCGUGCUUGCGUGUCCUCCCACUGCUCUGGUUCCCUAAAUUGUUCACAUUGGUAGGUUAAUUGGCUGCUAUGAAUUGCUCUUGGUGGGUGAGUGGCUUGUAGGAUCAGGGGAACUUGACAGGAAUGUUGGGAGAAUUAACAAUGGAGUUAAUGUGGGAUUGGUGGUAAAUAACUGUCUGAUGAUCAGCAUCAACAUAGUGGGCCAAAGGUCCUGUUUCUAUGUCGUAUCUCUCUGUGUCUAUGAAGAUGCUGGGGCUGGCAUCAGUUGAAACUUCACAAGAGAGAUUGGUAGAUAUCUUGUUCAAUGAGGACAGAUGGAGAUCAGUCAUACCCAGCUAUGUGGUAGAACGGGCUUUAAGGGCUAACCAUCCUGUUCCUGUUCCGUCAUGUUGUUUUGGAUCAUUCCUGGCAACCGUUAGUGGGCCGUACUCUCUGAGAAUGUAAUGCUGUGUGCCACGAGUCCUGUUGUUUGGUUGCAGAUUGUAGUGCAAAAUAUUUUUCAUGAUAGUUGCAUCCCAUGGAAAUUGGUAAGUCAAUUGAAAGCUUUUCUUUUUAAGAAACAGUUUUUGUUUUGGUGACAUUUAAAGAUUUAAAACCUUCUAGCCUGUUAUUUAACUAGAGAUUUCCCUCUGCUCAAUUGUUGUCUGAUGUGCAAAGAGUUUACAAAUGGGACUUUCACUGAACAUGUCAAUUACCCGGUCAGGUACUCUGGAUCCCCCUUGGCUAGUUACCCCUGGUUAAUAGUCUUGCUCCUUUCCCUUAGCACACCGUCCUGUCCCCUGGUGAUCGCCUUGCAAAUAAUGGGGAGUGGGUGGGAAACGUGGGGGGUAGGGAAUGUUACCUCCUUGCAGCUCCUCUGGGAGGAUUGCUCGCUACUACUGAAGGUGUAAGGGUGCUCAAGUUGCUUCCCACCCACCCACAGGAUGACACAAGGGCCGUAAGUUAAAGAAAAGCUCGUAGUUCCACUAGGUUUUGGGAGACUCUCUGGUGCUGAUGCUAGACCCAGCAGCCAGUUUGUACAAAGCAGCCUCUUUCCAAGGGCAGUAUGAUGAUGGGCUGCAGUGGCUUGUCAGUCUGCUCUUUAAGGUAGCACCAUGGAAUCGUUCACACCACAAGAAAUGAGGAAGUCUCGUCUCUCCUCAGAGGUAGCACCUCCGCCAACAUGAUGCCCCCUCAGUACAUCAGGAGUGGAGCUUGCUCCAAUACCCCUCCCCAAUGGCUGGGCUUGAAGCGAGGGGGUGCAAUUUUCAGAAGAUGCUUUAAGAAAGCACUGUCCAGUGUAAGGGGGAAGCUGAGAGUGGGAGAGCCUUAUAUAAACUGGGAUGCACUGUGACUCUUUUAAACAUUUUUCUUGGUUGUUUGGGAUUUCACUCCCGGUCAGUCAGCAUGCCGACUCCUCCCCUAUACUGCAUCUGUCUUGCCCUCCCACUUUGCCUGUGUCCUUUUUCGGUACCCUGAGCUCCCGCCAUUUGACUGUUCCGUGCUUUUGAAUGUGAAUGUUGCAGUGGGGUGGUGUGUACAGUGCCUGUGCCUCAUGACGUACUCACUCAGUGGGCGGGGAUGCUCUCGUUUCUUUGCGUUUGUUUGAAUGUAAGUUGGCUGCCCUGGAGAUGUACUCUGUGGAAUGGAAUAAAGAUGCUAUUUUUAUACAAACAA